AUGAAUCUUGUUCAAAUCGAACGAACAUCUACCAUCGAACAGUUAUUAGAAAAUGUUUUAAAAAAAACUGAAAAUAAAAAUUCAAAUAUUUAUAAACAAAUUGACAAUAUUCUUCAAUCGAAAUCAACAAAAUAUAUUCCAGCUACAAUUUUACUUGAAGCAUAUAAAUUAUCCGAUAAAGAAAAUUAUCUACAUGAAAUUUUAGCAGGCAGUGAUUUAUUUGUACCGGCUUAUAUUGAACCAGAACGAAAUCCUGAGUUAAAUGCACGUGUUGAAAAAUUAAAAGCCCAACAAGCCAAUCAUGAAUAUGAUGAGAUGACAAAAAAUGUCAAUUUCAAUAGAAUUUAUGCAAGUAAAUCGAACGAAACAUUCAUGCCUGAUAUGAAAUCUGUACAAGGACAAUUAAUAACAAUUGCAAAUGUCUUUUUAACUAUUGGUGGAGCUUUUGUGUUUGGCUAUAAGUCUGUUGAAUAUUCAACUGGGACAAACAACUUUGUUUUGCAGAUAUCAUUUGGUCUUCUAUGUGCAUUUGUUGUUGCUGUUGCUGAUAUAUAUUUUCUUCUUAAACGUUUUAAUACACUUGCAUAA